GAGGGUCAAGUGUUGGAGUGCUCACAGGUCAACGAUAUCCGACUUGGCCUUGCCCCAAAAGUCAGUGAACCAAAGAUUCAAGACUUCCUGGAUAAGAAUGCCCACAGUUUGGAGAAUCGGACAGUGACAGUUUGUAGUGGGCUGGAUCUGGUGAACAUUCAGUACACAUUACUCAUUGCAAAAGAUCCUGAUGUUGCUAAAGUAUGGUUUGAAGGCUUGCGUAAAAUCACGCUGAAUAUGAAGGCCAACAAUGUAUGUCCAAUGACACAGCUGAAAAAGCACUGGAUAAAACUAAGCUGCAUGGUGAACCCAAGUGGAAGAAUUCCUGUGAGAGGGAUCACACGAACAUUUGCGUCAGGCAAGACGGAGAAAAGGAUGAUGUCAAGUUUAAAAGAUUUAGGGCUUCCUAGUGGCAAGGGAGAUGAAAUUGAUGCCGAGCUCUUCACUUUUGACAAGUUUUAUGAGCUCUACCACAUGAUCUGCCCACGCACUGACAUAGAAGAGCUCUUCAAAGAUCUAUCCCACAACCGCCCAUUCCUAGAUAUUCCUCAGUUGAUAGACUUUUUUAAUGAUAGACAAAGAGAUCCACGGUUAAAUGAAAUCCUCUUCCCAUUUUAUAAUCAUGCAAGAGUUAGAAAUAUUAUACAGUCUUAUGAGACAGAUCCUGAGUAUUUGGCAAAAGACUGGCUGAGCCAGGAUGGCUUCUGCCGAUACUUGAUGUCUGAUGAGAACGCGCCCGUCUUCCUUGACCGACUGGACAUUUACAUGGACAUGAACCAGCCCCUGGCACAUUACAUUAUCAACUCCUCUCACAACACCUACCUGGUUGGCAGACAGUUUGGCGGCAAGUCCAACGUCGAAAUGUAUCGGCAGGUUCUAUUGGCUGGAUGCAGAUGUGUGGAGCUGGACUGCUGGGACGGCCGUAAUGAGGACCAGGAGCCUAUCAUCACCCAUGGCAAAGCCAUGUGCUCCGACAUCCUCUUCAAGGACGUUAUACAAGCCAUCAAAGAAACAGCUUUUGUCACCUCGUGUUAUCCCGUCAUCCUCUCCUUUGAAAAUCAUUGCAGCAAAUUGCAGCAGUACAAGAUGGCAAAGUACUGUGAAGAUUUACUUGGAGAUUAUUUGUUAAGAAGACCUUUGGAGAGUCACCCUCUUGAGCCCAGCAUUGCUCUACCAUCUCCGAACCAGCUGAAGUUCAAGAUCCUCAUCAAAAACAAACGUCAAACUCCUGAAGAGGAAAAACGGCAAUUGGAGCUGUUCCAAAAGGGCAUGAUUCAGAUUGUGAAUGAAGACAGUGAGGUGAUAGAAGACCCCAAUGUGGUUGCAGUUGAUGGCGAGGAAGGUCCGCUCAAUGAUGAUGAUGCAGAUAGCGCCAGUAGUAUUGAAAGUACUAUUCAAAUAAAAGAAGCCACCACCACCACUACCACCACCUCUACUAGCACCAAACCCUCUGACCUGAACCCGACCACCAAGAACACGGACACGGAAGCUCACCCCGAGCUUGCCAAGACCACCACAGGCAGCGUCGACUCAGACUCGGAGAUCAAGAAGACCAGCGUAAAGGUCCCGCCAGCAAAGAAGCCCAAAGAGGAAGGAGGAAAAGAGGAGCUGGAUGAACUGCUGAAGACAGACUCUAUGGACAGUGGACUGACCGCUGACCAAGAAGCGGAGCUCAUGUCCACUUACCACUACACUGGGGCUACCACCAACAUACACCCCUACCUGUCUGCCAUGGUCAACUAUGCGCAGCCGGUCAAGUUCCAGGGUUUUGAUGUUGCUGAAGAGGCCUGCAUUCACUACCACAUGUCCUCAUUUAGCGAGAGCACAAUGUAUCAGAUGGUCAAACACAGGUGCAUAGACUUUGUGGAUUAUAACAAGCGGCAGAUGAGCAGAAUCUACCCCAGAGGUGGACGGGUGGACUCCAGCAACUUCUUACCACAGAUUUUCUGGAAUGCCGGAUGCCAGAUGGUUGCCCUGAACUUCCAGACAGCGGAUAUCAAUAUGCAGCUUAAUCAAGGCAAAUUCGAAUACAACGGCAACUGUGGGUACUUGUUGAAGCCUGACUUCAUGCGACGUCCAGACCGUACCUUUGACCCCUUCUCUGAAAGUCCUGUGGACGGUGUGAUUGCUGCUCACUGCUCAGUCCAGGUGAUAUCGGGUCAGUUCUUGUCGGAUAAGAAAGUUGGGACGUACGUAGAAGUGGACAUGUACGGCCUGCCUACCGACACAAUCCGGAGAGAGUUCCGUACCAGAGUGGUGCCCAACAAUGGGCUGAAUCCCAUCUACAAUGAGGAACCUUUUGUCUUCAGAAAGGUUGUCCUACCAGAGCUGGCUGUGCUUCGUAUUGCUGUGUUUGAAGAGACUGGCAAACUAAUAGGCCAGAGAAUAUUGCCCCUAGAUGGACUUCAAGCAGGCUAUCGGCAUAUAUCUCUGAGAACAGAAGGCAACUUUCCCUUAUCCCUGCCCACAGUAUUUUGUAGAAUAAUUCUAAAGACGUAUGUUCCCGUGGAAUUUGGAGAUUUUGUGGAUGCACUGUCUGCCCCCAUCCAGGCCAUGUCACAAGCGGAGAAACGUGAGAAGGCGAUGAAAGACAUGGGCAUUGACGAGAAGGAUAUCUCGGAUGUGCCGGUGGUCAGCAACAGUAGCAGCACCAGUGGCCGGACGCAAGCCAAGACAUCGAAGCCGUCCAACGGACAGAUGACCACUUCCACCAACAGUAUGAGUCAGCUUCAGACUAAUGCCACGGAGAAAAAAGGCCCAGAGGAAAUGCUGUUUGAGCCAAUCACUAGAAAGAAACUUAUGUCUGAGAAAGUCUACUUCAAGUUGCUUCGCAGACAGCCCAAGGAUUUGGAGCUGUUGAAACGCAGACAUCAGAAGGAGCGGUCGAUGAUGCAACGAGCACACUGCACGGUGGUGGAUAAACUGGUUGCCUCCCAUGAUAAGGAAAAGUCAGCCACAGAGAAGUCCAUGGAGAAGAAAUUAAAAAAGAACAAGGACAGCAGUACUGACCUCAAGUCGCAGUCGGAGGGCAAGGUUCUCAACCUGGUCAGUGACCACAAGUCCAAGGUGAAGGAGCUGGUUGUAGUCCAGACCAAAGAGUGGUCCGACAUGGUUGUGCGUCAGAUGAUGGAGGAACACGAGCUGUGGAAGGAGCACGCCGUGCAGCAGAAUGAGACGUUGUCCAAACUGUUGGACGAUGCGCAGAGGGAGCAGAUGGCAGAACUCGAGGCCAAGCAGGAGAGAGAGGAGAAAGAGCUAAAGGCUAAUCAAGCGAAGCACUCCAUGGACUCAACCAAGACUGUCAUGAAUGAUAAAAGUAUUAAAAACAAAGCUGAAAGGGAAAGGCGCAUCCGCGAGUUGAAUGAAAACAACACAAAGAAAUUCAUUGAGGAACGAAAGAGGAUGGCAGUGAAGCAUGCAAGACAAGUAGAAGUGCUGAAGAAGGUUCACUAUGAGCAGAAAGAUAAGACUGAAGCUGAAAAUCAAAAGGCCCUUGAGAUGAUUGAAAUGGCGUAUGAAGAAGCCAAGAUGGCAUCCAAGCCUGAAACUGUGGUGUGAAGCUGUGUCUUUGGAGGAAAGCCCGUGGUAGGGACAAGGUUUCUCGCAGCUCCUAGUUAGCAGCCCCUCGCCAUGCAGUGGUCAAUUCAAUGGACCAGUGAAGGCUAUUUAAAAAAUUUUUUUUUUGGUCUUGUUUUUGUUUGCCAACUACCAUGUAGCUAUUUUCUCACCUACUUGGUGGGCCGUUGGUUCAUUGGGUAAGAUACUAGCUUUGGCUACUGGUGGCUUGCAUUUGAAUCUGUCUCUUGUAUCUAAAUAAUUUGGAGAGGCUCUAAGGUUCUCCCUCCAGUACAAUUAGAGAAUGUUUGCUCAGAGCUCCCACCACUUUCACUGCCUACUUUGGGUGGAAAGGAGUGUAAAGCUAAGACCCGACCAAGUAGCAAAAGAAACAUGUCCCGGUUCUUUGAACUGAUGUACGUAAGUCAUCUGCGUUUCACAAGUAUUUACGGCACAAUGACGUAUAAUGCGGGUUUUAGUCAGCUGGAAGAUCACGGGUGUGCUCAUACCAACCAACAGACGAAAAACAAAAAGUAUAUAUUUCUUUGUCGUUUAGUCAAAUCAUGUAUGUCUCUUCUGUCUUUUAAUUGUUUGUAAAAAGGUGAAUUUUGGGUUAUUUUUGUUUGCAUCUUUUUGUUGAGAAUGACGACUGUGUGCAUGAUUAUUCUUGUGUGAUGUGUUUUUCCAUUCUCCGUCUCGCAUGUUGAUUAAUAUUUUUUUCUGAGAGUUUGAGAUGUGGGCUUUUUUACCCAACAUUUUAAGGAAGAUGUCCCUGUUUUCGUUUGUGUGUGGCUUCUCUCGGGUGCCAGUAUAUGGGAGAGGGGCGUGGGGGUGGGGGUGGGAUUUUAAUACUGUGUGUGGCUUGGUGCUGUGAUAUGUGCUUGGAGUGUGGUCACAUAUUGUCAUGUACUUGUCAUCUGUAUUUGUUCGAAGUCACAUUGAUGCAGAAUGAAUUUAUUUAUUUAUCGUAUGAGUGAGAGGUUGAAUUUAGUCCGUGGAUUGCCAACCGAGAAUCUCAUGCAUUUUAAUUGAUGAUGCCAUUACAGUUGCAAAGAAUUUUAAGUUGUUAUUUUGUAUUUAUAUAUACGCUGUGCAGUUUGGGAAAGCAUUGAGGACUAUUUGUUAUUCAUAGUUCUUCAUGAUUUCAUUCUUUUUUAAGUGUAGGUUGUGAAAAUUCAAAUUGGUUCUUACUGACAGCUGGUAUUUGUCAAGAAACAUGAGACAAUUAUAUUACUAUAAAAGUGUUUUAAAAGCAAACGAAUACAUGUAAGUAUUCUUUAAAGGCGAAGAGAACUCUCUUGUUUAUGUGGUCUUUCUUAUUUUCCUUUUUUCCCCCUUUUUUUCUUUUUUCAUGUUCUUUUUGUUUUAAUUUGUUAUAUAUUUAAGAAAGACCAACUCAUUAUUUGGCUCACAUUUUUUUUUCUCAAAAAGUUUCAUUGGUUUUUCAAUUUUGAUUUUAUUACCGCAGCAGUAGAGCAAGGCAGCUGUUUUUCUUUUCGUUUUUAGAACGAAAAUGACCUUCAUAAACUGACUGGCUUUGCCAAAACAACAAGUUGGAACUAAAUACAAGGAGCAUUAUCUAAGACUAAUGAUGGAUUGUUCUGUCUUUGUCCCUCUUGACUAGGAAAUGUGUACCUGGGGGGGGCGGGGUUGCUGGAAGCAAAAUCUUUCACAAACGAGAAAAACUGUACACUUUACUAAAUAAUUAUUGCAUCUAUGAUGUCAGGAAAUCAAACACAUAUAUUUACGGGCUCCUGACCUUCCUGCUAGAGCUGCUGACAAUUUUGUUGUGCACAAAACUUAUCAGGCUAUUUUUUGCUAAAUUUUUCAUUCCGAGUUUUUAUUUGAAAAUUUUUGUUGUUGAUGAUUUGAUCUAGUCAAUAAUGAGUCUGUGCUGUUUUUAAGUUUUAUCUUCAGUUCUAGUCAAUGUGUCUUUUUAUGUGGGAUGAGAUCUCAACAUGAGUCAUUUUUGUGUUCAGUCACCUGCAGUGAUGGAAUCUAUUAGCUUGCAAGAUUCUCCAUGGAAUAUUUCCUUUAGAAAAUUUAGUUCACAGUUGGUUUGAUUUCCGUUUUGUUAGUUGUUCAGUUGUGAUGCUUAAUUUUAAGAAUUUUUCUCCUUUAGUGUCACUUUUGCUGCAGUGGAACACAAUUAUGAAGUAAAACAUAUUUCUGGUAUAAUAUUUAUACAAGCGUUGCUUGAAAGAGAAGUUACAGAAAUAUAGUAUUCUAAUUCUAUCAUUAUUAAUAAUAAAAAGCAUUCUUAUAGCGCAAACUCCAGCUCCGCAGCGGCGCUAUGCACUUGACAAUCUAUAUUCUAGAACGAGCAUUGACUCUUGUAGCUCGUUCUACUCAGCAGAUGGUUGCAAAAAAAAAGCAGGGAUAGUUGACUUUGCAGAAAGAAAAGAUAGGUAGGAGUGCACAAAAUUUCCCUUGAGGAUAAAGUUGAUAAAGAAAUUAUUUUGCAUGCUGAUUUAAGAGAAUUUUAGUUUCUCAUAAUACUAUUUGUACCAUAACAAUUUUGAGCUCAUCAUUUUUCAGUUGAAAGCCUUGAUGAAGUUGUUUUUUUUUUACUUUUUCAACUUGUUUUGGUUAGCUUAACCAGUAUGUGUGAUGUAGUGGUUAGGAACUUCACUGUCACACACAAAAGACCCAAGUUCAGUUCCAGUGUGGGGAGAAUUUUUAUUGAGCCUCUUGGUCUUUGUGAAGGAACAUUGUUUCCCCUUUCAGCAGAGGUUUGCCUUGACAGGCAGGGUCAUAGCCUGCCCCCUAAAUGAUCGAAUUAUGUUGAAGGGGGUGUAGAGAAUUAAAUCCACAUUUUAGAAAGUUCUUCCAGGUAGCAUUCUGACUUUUUCCUGACCUUGUUAUUACUUUGAAAGCUAAAAUAUUCUCCACAUAGACUUCCUUUGGGACAUAGCCUAGGAAGUAUUUCAAGGUGAAGUAGCCCAAAUUUAGGUCCUUACAAUUUUGACAGCACCAAAACAAUACUCGCUAGAUUUUAUACAUCUUUUAAUCAUAAUACUUCAAUGUGCAAUUUUGUCAUAUUUUUAUUCAAAUACUGUGAUAAUUUUGGACUGUAGUGUGAAUUACAGUUGUAUUAUGCCUAUUGUUCCCUUGGUUUUGAAGGAAUACUUUUAAUUUCAGGGGGAAGUUCAACAUUUUUGAUACAAGGGUAUUUAAAACUGAUGAGGGUUUUACGCUCCCAGUUUUGUUUUGCUCUCUUUAAUUUUUACCCCUUUUAAAAAAAAAUGUUUUAAUUUGUUUUUGGUUUUUUGGUUUUGUUUCCUAUUUUUGAAAAUGUGUUUGAGUUUGUUUCGUUCUUUUGUGGUGCAAUGUGAGAAUGAAGAAGGUAGCCUAUGUAUUUAUUAGUUCAGUUGUUUUUUUUUUUUUGGGUAUAGUUGUAUCUCAAAUUGAAGAUCACUUAUUUUUGUUGCUUAGAAAAAUACCAAUUUUAAAUCUCUCUAGUCGAAAGUGACACAUUUGUUUUGCAAUUAUUUGUGGAGUUGAAUCUCUGGUCAAAGGUAGCAUAUUUAUUGGGGGUGUUUUUAAGCUACUAGUGAUGAGUCUUUAGUCGAAGCCUAAAAAUUUCGAAUGGUGGACCUGAAUCUCUGUUCAAUUGUUUAAUUUGUUUUGUUUAGAGUACGCAUCUUUUUUUUCUUCUCAAGGACAACAUAAUUUGUUUGUUGUAUUGAGAUGCUGGAGUUGUGUCUGUAGUCAAAGACAUUUGCCUUGCUUUUUAAAAAAAAACUGGCACUUGUGUUUAAUCUCUAGUCAAAGGUAAAAUAUUUGUUUUGUUUCUAUACUGGUGAUGAAUUUUGUCAAAAGGUAACAUUUAUUUUGAUUUAAGUUGUGGUACAGAAUCACACAAGUUACAACGUGUCUUCGUGGUGCUAUCGCUUUCUCUAACAGAAAAUUUUCCAUCUUGUGGCGGUGGUGCGGAGUAAUAUUUCUAUUGGUGCUAUCACUUGAAUUUACUGGUAGCAUUAUGUGGUUCAUGACCGGAAAGGCUUUUCUUAAGUUAUGAACUCCUAUGAUGAAGAUUCAAACAAUUUCAACAGAAUGAAUUAUUGUUUUUUCUUGGGGGGUUUUUAAAAUCCUUUUUUCUUUUUCCUUUUUUUUUUUUUGGGGGGGGGGGGGGGCGGGGUUAGCAGCUUCCUGCCUUGUAGUGUUUAGAGCUCAGUUAACAAGUCAGCAAAACAAGUCAGCAACACUUUGGGAAACACUGUAUGUGUUCAGAUUUGAAUCCAUUUUGUAAAUGUUCUAUCUAUUUAUAUGAUUUUUUAAAUUAUAUUUUUUAGGUUUAUUUUGUUGUUGUUGUAGUGCUUGAUAUAUUUUUCUUUUUACUGUAUUUUAAAACAAAAAUAUGUGGGGCUAUUCGUAUUUGUUGCUUUGUUUAUGAAUAUGGAGUUCUGCAGCUGGUUGGUUGUUUUAUGAGUAUUGAAUAUGACAAUGAAUCCUGAGUUGUUUAUAUUGUGUUCAGGACUCAUGAGAAGAUAAUUCUUUAAAUUAAAAACAAGCACACACACACUCACACACACACACACACUCACACACACACACACACACACACACACACACACACACACACACACACACACAUAGAGGCUCCUGCACAAAUUUCUAUGCUUUAAAUCCUAUUAAAGGGCAAAUAAAGAAAUCCACCUCUACUAAUUUUGUACAGCUGAAUGUUUUAUAGUACUGCUGAUUUUUUUGUUUCGGUUUUGCUCAGUUGUAAGAUUUCACAGACUACACUGUUAUGUUUUAUUUGAUGUCACUGAGAGUUU